GGGAAAAGCCGCGCGCGAGCCGCUCGCGCCCCGCCCCCGUCCCCCCUCCCCCUCGCGCCGAGAGCAGGCGCGGGCGAAAAAGCGGGAAAAAUCGUUAUUACCAAAAAUUCGCCUAAAUUCACCUAAAAAAGGGCCGGAGUUGCCAAAAACACGAGCGAAACACCGCUGAAGGGGCACGCUGUUGUCGUCCGUGAUCAUUUCCUCCCUCCAGCGCGUCUGUGGCCACACUGGCAGCUCCCAAAUCGAAAGUUGCUGUGUUGGUUUUUAAUAUUUGCCAACAUUUCUGCUCCCGGCUGAGGCUCCCGAACACAGCUGUGCUGCCUGUACACACCCGCCUCUGCUCCUACGACCAGAACGCCUUUUAACCCCAAUAGGGAGGUUGGUGAUCCCGCACCCCCAUCCCCUGCUGCUCCCUCAGAGCUCGCUGUGGGCGCCCGGCCGGGGCUGUUUGUGGAGAGGGGGUUUCCCUGAGGUAAAAAGCGGCUGAUAAAGUGUUUUAUGCCCGGCUGAUGGGAGCGCAGCAAUGACCCCGAGCGCGGGCAGCGGCCGCGCCCCGCUCCCCCGGCAGGGGCCCAGGCGGAGCCGCCGCCGCUCCGGCCGCGCCCCGCGCAGCGAUUGCCCGGCCCUGGCCGCGCUGGGGGACUUCCAAACGCUUCCCUUGGAGAUCUUCCAGAUGGUGUUGAAUUACCUCUCAGUGAAGGACAUCAGCAUGCUGAGCAUGGUGUCCAAAACCAUCAGUGGCCGCCUGAUUAAUUACAUCUCCACCUCGUCAGGGAGCCGCCGGCUGCUGCUGCAGGACUUCCACCAGGAGCUCCCUGCCAGGAGAGGAGGAGCCUCCAUCCUGGAGCACUACCGAGCUCUAGGGCUGCUGCUCAAGAGGUGCACGCUGCUGCUGCCCACCAGGGACAGGCUCAAGUACGUGCACAAGGUGCUCUCAGGGGUUUCCUGUUUCAAGCUGAAUGGUUGUGCCAGUCCCCUGCACUGCCUGGGGCUGCAGUGCUACGGGGUCUUCUUACAGAUCCUGACCGCGGGCUGGGAUGAGCUCGAGUGCCACCGGGUGUUCAACUUCCUCUGGGAGCUCAGCAAUUUAGCCCGGAAGGUGCAGACGGUUGUCAGCAGCAAACCAGGCAGUGCCCGGCGGCUGGAGCUGCGGAUCCGCCUGUUCUGCCGGGGGGUGCUGCUGUCGCCCGGGAGCCGCCGCAGCGACUGCGCCUUCUGGCUCACUCGCAUCCUCAAGCCCUGGCCCAUGGUCAACCAGGCCCGCCUGCUCUACAUCAUCUUCGGGCCCGUGUCCUCCCGCGAUGGACACGUGGUCUGGCAGAAAAUGAUAGAAGGACCAACAGACGAGACCAGUCUGAAGGGUUUAGCUGAUGCAAUUAAGCUGCUGUAUGGUACAGAAGCUAGAGAAUGGACAGCAGAUGAUGUUAUCAGUCUUGUGGAUGAGCUGUCAGUCGUUCCCCAGGAGUGGCUGAUGGAGAACAACGCUCGGCUGCUGCUCCUGAGUGGGAACAGCAUCUGCUUCACCUUCAUGGCCAGCAAAGCUGUGAAUGGCAGGGCUGUGGAGCUGGCCAGGCUCAUGGUCUUCAUGGUUCUGGUGUGUGAGAAGGACUUGUACUGCAUGGACUGGGCAGUGAGGAUGAUGCAGAAGGUCUGCAAGGUUUUCAGCUCUCCCUGGGAGAGGAACAACUUCCUGCAGUGCCUGGAGAACUCCUUUGCUCGCAUGCUCAUGGACAUGCUGCAGGCAGUGCUGGCUGGGGACAGGGAUGAGGAGGACAGCAGCUUCCUGAACCUGUUCCACCUGAUGAAUGCACAGGCCAGCUUCCACAAGGAAAUCCUCUCCGUGGCCAUGGGCAGCAGCAGCAGCAGCACCUGAGCUCCACGGAGCCCUCCUCUGUCCCUGCCUGAUUCCUCUUGCUUUUCCUUUGAACUAGUGCAGAGAAGUCUCGGGUUAUUCCUGACAUUCCCAUCCCAGUAGGAGCUGGGGUGGCAGAGGUUGGGCCCAUCCGUGCCAGGCCAGCUGAGUGAGCUCAUGGAGGGCUUGGGGAGUGGAAUUCCAUUCCCUGUGCUCUUCUCCUCCAGGGAACAGGGCUGGGAACACAAUCUGCAUUCUUUUCCCACUGUGCAUGUUUGCACACACAAUAAAAAUGACAUGGUUUCCACAGCUGAUGUGCAGACACCAGCUGAAGCUCAUGUUGUCUUAGCUCAGAACCCAAAACAUUCUGAGCUCUUAAAUUUCUUUUCUCUUGGGAAUCUGAGGAGAAAGGGAGGGAUGGGAUUUGAGGAGCUGCAUUUUUCCAAGGUCUCUGACUCAGGCUCUGUGGCAGAAAUGCUCCGUAGUUUGUACAUUCAGCUUUGGGGAAAGGUGAUUUCUGAAAGCAAUUCCAGUGCUUUGAUCAACCAAGGCAUUUCCUCCUCUCAAUCUCCAGGUUUUAUAAAGCAAAAGAAACUUCAAAUCUCUCCCCCUGCCCCAGGUAGCAACUGUUGAAGUGUUUUAGGAUUUAGCCAAGUUGAAGACACCCAUUAAACACAUUAAAUUAGAACACUGGUUCAUUAAUGGAUAAAUGUUUGCUGCUCAGAGAAGGGUUUGAUUUUCUGCUCUGUUGCCUUCCAGACAAACCCCUGUGCUGGCAAUAAAAGGCUCUCACGCUCUCUGU